AUGGGGAGCAACAGCCUGCCGAUGUCACAGCAGAUGUACUUCAGCACUCACAACGCCCUGCGCGUAAACGACGAGAACGAUGUGAUCAGCACGCUAUUUUAUGAAAUAAACGGGAACAGGCAUAUCAGCCUGUUGAUAUUCCCCUUCUACGACGUGCAAAUGCUGAAGAGACUGCUGAUAAAAAAGUUAAAUCUGCCUGGAGGAGUCAAAGUAAAUGACAUCAUAAUAUUUUACAAGGGAAUAAAAUUGCCAAACUACAGAAUCAUAAGUACGUAUUUAGAAUGUACAGGUCGAAAUGAAAAAAAUAAAAAAAAAAAAAAAAAAAAAAUAAAUAAGUUAUAUUGGGCCAUAAAGGAUAUUAACCCAAAUGCAUCGAUAAGAGUCAUAGAUCAAAAAAGUUACCCUCCUUUUUUUGAAAAUAUUUUACACGAUAUAAAAUUAGCUUUUAAGAAAAACAUUUCCCCAAAGUUAACUAUGGAUGGAACAGGAGGUACUUACCUUCUCUUCAACAGUAAGAAGAAGGUAUGUUCUGUUUUCAAACCUUUGGAUGAGGAAGCAUUUGCCCCUUUUAACCCUAGAGGUUAUGAAGGGAAGAUGUAUCAGGAGGGGUUCCGAUCUGGAGUCCUAUCUGGGGAAGGAGCUAGCAGAGAGAUUGCUGCCUACAUACUUGAUAACAGUUACAACAAUUUCAGUAGCGUUCCCUGUACCAUCAUGGUGGAAGCUUGCAACCCACACUUUAAUAAUAAGAGCAAGCUAAAAUAUGUCGACCAUGAAAAUAACCUGAAGUGGAAAUGUGGGUCCUUGCAGGAAUUCGUUGAUUCUAGGGAAAGUGUAGGGAACUACGACCACAAGCAGUUUAGCAUUAGAGACAUUCACAAGAUUGCAAUUUUAGACAUACGGGUUAUGAACUUGGAUCGGAACGAUGGCAAUAUUUUGGUGUCUCCUUUGAAGAGUUUGAAGGAUUCGUGUAACCAGUUUCUUUAUCGGAACAAUCGCAGUCUGGGCACGAGUGAUGAAGACACCCUCAAGAGGAUCGUUACGAUUGAUAAUAAACCAUCCAGGUACAGCCUCAUCCCUAUAGACCACGGACUCAUCAUGCCGCACAUAAUGGACGUCGCGGAGAUUGACUUGGUUUGGUUCGAGUGGCCCCAGACGAAGGUCCCAUUCGACGAUGAGGAGCUAGAGGUUAUCUUCACGUUCGACCCGGACAAGGACGCCGAGAAAAUUCGUAACAAGCUUCUGAUCCGGGAGGACUGCAUACGGACCAUGCGUGUGUGCACAAGGCUUCUGCAGAUCGGAGCCAGGAUGCACCUCAAUUUGCAUGAAAUUGCAAAAAUCAGCACGAGGAAGAACAUCGACGAGGAGUCUGUGCUGGAGCAUCUCGUACGGGAUUCCAUCGUACAGGCAUAUCAAAUGAUGGACUACACGUCACUUAUGAGCACCAAUCGACUGGGUUAUAUCCUGGACUUGGCGGAAAUAAAAAUUAACAAAAAAAAAAAAAACAGCAGAAUGAAGUCAAUCGAGAAUAUCGACGAAGCGUUGAAAGAGAGAAACGAAACGACUGAUAAAACUGGUAUCAAUAAAAUGGAAGGGGGGGCGUUUCAUUUUAAGCCUUUAUUGGAGGAUAAGUCCAAGUCGUUGGACUGCAGUUAUGGGAAGUCCCUACCCAGUGGGAACACCUUUCAAGAUGUGGGAGGAAUGGAAACUGCGGAGGAUAAACUAAGUGGGAGCAAUUCUAGAAGGAUGGAAAAAGAAGACAGCGCUGAGGGGAGUGGGAAAUUGCAAAUCAUUUCCGAGAGUGUAUCGUGUGCACCUGGUGGCAUUACGCCAGACCAUGGAAAAGGGAACUUAAGUAACGCAUUCGAAGUUACGGAGAAGAAAGAGAAGAGUGCAUACGACGGGUUGUAUAGAGGGACCCUUGAUGUGGAUCUUAACAUAAGGAGUGAACAGAAGGAGGAGAAUAAAACAUCGACCAAUUCGUUUAGCAAUAAGAGUGACUAUACGCUGGUUACUGCCAGUUCAAGUUCGUGCAUCAAUGGGAAGGGGGGGAGUAAUUCCUGUAGUGGGGAGUCCCCCAAGGGAAGUGCACAUGGUGUGGGGGAGAACUCGCCAUCCAGCGAUGGGGCGAGUGGGAAACGGGGUGAUAAGCAGGACAACCGAGGGGAUGAUCGCCCACCACCACACAGCGCGAGCGAUCAGGACACCAGGGUAAAGGGAAAAAAAAGGAAGAAAAAGAAAAAGAAGAAGUAUUUCGAUAAGGAUGAUAACAAGCCAGUUGGUGAGAAAAGGGAGGACGAGGAGGGAAAGGGAUUACCGAGUGACAAACCGCAUAAUGUGUCUGAAGAAUUACAGAAUGAGACAACCAAGGGAGAUUUGCUCAAAGGAGGAGUGCAGGAUGAUGAAGAAGAAGGUGAUGACGAAAGUAGUAGCGAAGAAGACGAGGAAACGGACGAUGAGAACGACGAGGUACCGUUUAGGAAACCCACAGGAACCAUCAAACGGAUAACUGAAUCCAGCGGGACUGCCUAUCGAGGCAUGGAAAUGAACAAGGUGAACUCAGUAUGGAUGAUACGAGACAAGAACAACAAAAUAAUAAACGUCAAAUGGGAGAACAAAAUAUUCGAGAAACUUUUCUUCGAGACCUUUGAAAAUUAUGUGAAGAGGUAUAUUAGCGAUUAUCACCCGGAGUGGAAACAGUAUCCUUACAAGGGAUCUCAUAUUAGCGGUAUCAAGCAUGGAUACUUGAAGAGCAUAGAAUGA